GAAAUUCUAAUAAAUGUAAGAUUAUGUUCGUCGGGAGGAGUCAACGCCAAAAAGAAGAGAUGGAGAAUGCUUUGUCGCCGUCGUUGUUACCGUCGCCGGCAAGUGAAGUUGCUGCGAGAGUAUCGUCUUUGUUCGUUUAUCCGAUCAAAUCAUGUAAAGGAAUUUCUUUGUCUCAGGCAGCUCUCAGUCCCACCGGAUUUCGAUGGGAUCGAAACUGGUUGAUUGUGAACUCUAAAGGAAGAGGAUUGACUCAAAGAGUGGAACCCAAGCUUUCGUUGAUUGGAGUAGAGAUGCCUGAGCAUGCGUUUGGAGAAGACUGGGAGCCUGAGAAGAGCUCUAACAUGGUGGUGAGAGCUCCUGGUAUGGAUGCCCUUAAGGUCUCCCUAGCUAAACCCGACAAAAUAGCAGACGGUGUCUCAGUUUGGGAGUGGUCUGGCUCCGCACUAGAUGAAGGAGAAGAAGCAUCUCAGUGGUUUACAAACUUUGUUGGGAAGCCUUGUCGACUUGUUCGUUUUGAUUCAGCCUCUGAGACUAGGCCUGUGGAUCCAAAUUAUGCUCCUGGUCACAUUGCGAUGUUCUCGGAUAUGUAUCCAUUCUUGCUUAUAUCACAGGGUUCGCUUGAUUCCCUGAAUAAGCUUCUCAAGGAGCCUGUACCAAUCAACCGAUUUAGACCCAACAUCUUUGUUGAUGGAUGUGAACCAUUUGCUGAAGACUUAUGGACAGAGAUCCUUAUAAACGGUUUCACCUUUCACGGUGUGAAACUAUGCUCCCGUUGCAAGGUACCAACGAUUAAUCAAGAAACUGGUAUUGGAGGUCAAGAGCCGAUUGAGACUCUGAGGAAUUUCAGGUCAGACAAAGUUUUACAGCCAAGGAGGAAACCACAGGGAAAGAUAUACUUUGGGCAGAACAUGGUUUGGAAAGAUGGAUUCGGCGAUGGAAUAGGCAAAACAAUUGAAAUUGGUGAUUCCGUUGUUGUCCUUGGAAAACUCUCCUCUCCUGCUAAAGCAGCAACUUGAAAGAGCUUAGUUACUUGCUCCAAGAAACUUGCAGCUUGUUAUAAAUAUAUAAUUGUGAAUCUCUCUCUCUUAUUCUUUCACGAGAACUGUGACCACUUUUAUCAGACACCACAUUUGACCCCCAAAA